CCCGUUUUCUCCGUUUUAGAUAUGUCUAGGAGUCAGCUUGAACAGGAGAAGAAAUCUCUAGAUUCUUUUGUCUGGGUAAACGAGAUCACUGGAGAAAUCACCUUUCCUCCAGGGGAGGAGACCACACCUGCAACCUCUGGAGAGAAGCGUUGGGCAAGGUCGGGGUCUCUGCGAGUGAGCAUGCCCUGCGCUGCAGCUGUUCACAGACCUGCUUCUCCAGUGAACCCCGAGGCUGCAGGCAGAGGCCCGGGGACAGGAAGCUUGCUUCUACCCAACCUGUCCCUGCCCCAAGCCCUGUCCCCAUCAGGGGGCUCUCUGUCGACACAGCACCACUUGGGAGCGUCCCCUCCUCUGGCAGCCAGCCCUUCUCUGCCCUGGGCCCUGUCCUGCAAGCUAAGGAACAUGCUGACAAGAAAUAACCGGUUUUCCUUUUGA